CAGAUCUGUGUGCUUCCGCUCAUUUCAUCAAAUCAACACGACUAGGGGUGGGCACUUGUCACUAGUACCAUGGCAGCCAGACAACCGUACGAGAUGAGAGAACUUUGGCACCGCCGAGCAGUGAAUUGGUAAGCAAAAAGGGUAAAUUGGUAAUAUCAUCAAGCUUGCGGUACGACAAUGGUAGCCCCGAUUAUUGCUGACUUAAGCAUCGGAGUGUCUACCCCGAGGAUCCAUCUCGGGGCUUUGCAGGUUAAUCUAGGGUGCAGAUACGGACUAAAGAAGGACUUCCGGUUUGGUGCAGUUACAUUUUGGCGCCGUCUGUGGGAACCUGAACUAAAGGCUCCCUUGUUGCUCUUAUCAUGGUUAGAACUAGGUCAGCUCGAGGGGGAAACUCGUCUCAACCUCUUGGACGAGCUUGCCGCCAUGCAACAGCAGUUUGGUGUCUUUCAGCAAGUGCUGGCUCAGUUGUUAACCCGGAAUAAUCCUGGUGAUCCACUUAUCAAUCUACUUAAUCCUACCCCACCACAACCCCCAGCCCCACCACAAAAUCCUGAACCAGUUCAACAUGCUCCCACUGUUAGUGAAUCUCAAGGUCAAUCUCACAUCGCCCCAGCCCAGCAACCCCGCCAUGACGAUGUCACUCGACGUCUAGAUAGCUUGGAACGGCUACUAGUUGAACAGCGAGGUGCCCCACCUCCACACCCUGCUGUUGACUUCGUACCCCACCCUCUCAACACCAAUAUUUUACUCGAACCUUAUACUGCUGGCUUCAGAAUACCACAGCUUGAAACUUAUGAUGGGACGAAGGACCCUGAUGACCAUCUACAUGCUUUCUACUCUUGCAUGCAAUCCCAGAACACCUCUGACGCAUUGAUGUGCAAAAUCUUUCCCUCUACCCUCCGGGGAAAUGCUCGAACUUGGUACUAUAGUCUGCCUCCGAGGUCAAUCAACUCUUACGCAGAACUGGCAUCUGCUUUUGCCACAAAGUUUUCCAGUAGAAGAUUCAAUGAUGCAGUGCUGGAGGUUAAUUCUUUCGACCAAGCUGUGGGAAUUACAGCGGUGAUCUCGGGUCUUGGCCAUGAGAGGUUCCGAGAUAGUCUGCUCAAACAUCCUGCCAGCACCUUCAGCGAGGUAAAUGAUAGAUCGUUGAAAUUCAUAACUGCUGAGGAAUAUGCCCUGUCGCAGAACCUAACUCCUACUAAGAGCCAACACCCGGACUGGAGAGAUGAGAAUCCGAACAGGAAACGGAUGAAGACAACACAGAACCGAGGUCCGAUGUCGACCCUGAGAUUUGGAAGGCCGAACUCAGCACCUCCGCAACAACCUGCAGGUAAACCUCCAGUUAAUUGGACUCCUUUUAAUUUACCGAGGUCACAAAUCUUUAUGCAGAUUAAGAAUAAGAUGGACUUAAGACGUCCGGGUCCAAUGAGAACUGCUGCUGCUACCAGAGACCAUACUAGGUACUGUGAUUUUCAUCAGGAUCAUGGUCAUACAACAGAGCAGUGUAAUAGUCUGAGGUCCGAACUGGAAAGUCUGGCACAGAAAGGAAUGUUGAAUGAGUACAUCCAGAGAGUGGAACAGCCAAGGUUUGUCAGAGAACAAGGGUCACAGCAUCAAGCAAUCCGCAAUCCCCCAAACAGACAAGGCGUGGGAUAUCAGCAAGCCCCACCCCCACUCCCACCACCAGCUAGAGUAAUACACAUGAUUAUGGGAGGUCUGGAAGUCGGUGGACUGAGCUCUAAGCAGCGAAAGCUGUAUGUCAGAGAGCGUGUCCUUGUUGACACAGGGAGUGCACCAGACAUCAUGUACUUCCAUUGUUUUGAGAGUCUUGGGUUAGAUCCCGCUCUGUUGCAGCGGUAUGAUGGUCCCAUUUACGGGUUUAACAACCAACCAGUUCCAAUUGAAGGAGUCCUCACUAUGAAUGUUGCAUUUGGCAGUGGCCGAAGUUAUGUGACCCCUUCCGUCAGCUGUGGUUUCCCAAUCUCAUCUAUGCAUGAAGUUCCCAACUCCUACGGGAAUAGCAAUGCUGCGAGGCAACCAGGAGGUGGCCUGACAUUGCUAUAUCACCUCGAAGAUGAAACCAGAGCUGCUCCAGUUGAAGAUGUAGAAGAGGUGCAGAUUGAUGACAGAGAUCUGCGCCGGAAAACGCAAAUUGGGACUAAAUUGAACCCGAAGGAAAGAGCAGAGCUAAUAGCUUUUCUUCGGGCCAAUAAAGAUGUUUUUGCAUGGACUUCAACAGACAUGCCGGGAAUUCCCACUUCAGUUUUUCAACAUAAACUCAGCACCAAUCCCCUCAAGAAACCAGUAGCCCAGAAGCGACGCCUCUUCGGGGGGGGAGAGGUUACAGCAAACGGUAAAUGGCGGAUGUGCAUUGAUUACACUAACCUCAACGAUGCAUGUCCAAAGGAUUGUUAUCCAAUGCCAAACAUUGAUAAGCUGGUUGAGGCAGCUUCGGGGAAUGAGAGAUUAAGUCUCUUGGAUGCAUACUUAGGCUACCACCAGGUCCCAAUGGCUCCUGAGGAUGAAGAAAAAACCUCGUUCUAUGCUGGUGAUGAGAUCUAUUGCUAUGUAAUGAUGCCCUUCGGCUUGAAGAAUGCAGGCGCCACUUACCAGAAGAUGGUUACCAUCGUAUUCCGAGCUCAAACAGGACGGAAUCUGGAAGUUUAUGUUGAUGAUAUAGUGGUGAAGAGUUUGAAAGCUGACGAUUACUUAACCGAUCUUGAGGAGACAUUCAACAAUCUUAGACAGAAUAGAAUGAAGUUAAACCCAGCCAAAUGCAUCUUUGGUGUGGAAUCUGGAAAAUUCCUGGGUUUUAUGGUUUCCCAGAGAGGGAUUGAGGUCAACCCAGAGAAGAUCAGAGCAAUUGUCGAGAUGGAACCGCCGAAGUCAGUGAAGGACAUACAGAGGUUGACUGGAAGGGUAGCAGCUCUUCAUCGGUUCAUAUCGAAGUCAGCAGAUAAGUGCCUACCUUUUUUCAAGAUUAUGAGGUCAGUUGCCCAGAAGGAUGAAUCGGAUGAAGCCAUUAGUUCGGUUCUAGUAAGAGAAGAAACCAAGCAGCAGAAACCAAUAUAUUAUAUCAGUAGUGUGCUGCAUGGAGCCGAACUGAGGUAUCCUAUAGCUGAGAAAGCAGCUUUAGCAAUCAUCACUUCGGCCAUAAAGUUGAGGCUGUAUUUCCAGUCGCACCCGAUCAUUAUUCUUACAGACCAACCCCUUCGGCAGAUUCUGCAAAAGCCUGAGUGUUCUGGAAGAUUAAUUAAGUGGGCAGUAGAACUGGGGGAGUUCGAGAUAACAUUUCAGCAGAGAUCUGCAAUCCGAGCUCAGGCACUGGCAGAUUUCAUUGUAGAGUGCACUCCAGGUAAUUCCAUUCCUACUCCGGAGCCCAAUGACUGGACCUUAUAUGUUGAUGGGGCAUCUAGUAGCAAAGGUUCAGGAGCUGGUGCUCUCUUGAUUGGCCCAGAUGGAUACCGAAGUGAACAUGCUCUGAAAUUUAACUUCGAUGCAACAAACAACAUGGCUGAGUAUGAAGCCCUGCUACUGGGUCUGCAGCUAGCCUUGGAAUUAAAACUCAGUGCGAUCCAAGUAUACAGUGACUCCCAACUGGUGGUGAACCAAAUUAACUCAAUUUGUGAAGUUUUUGAUCCUGUGAUGGUGAAAUAUGUAGCUCUGGUGGCCAAGCUGAAAUGCAAAUUCCAAAAAUUCUGUCUGAGCAAAAUCCCCCGAACUAAGAAUGAACAGGCAGAUUCACUCUCUAAAUUCACCUCUGAUAGUUCUUCACAUUCCAGAUCAGUUUUUGUGGAGGUCUUAGAUGAACCAAGCUUCGUGAAGCCACGGGUGAUGGAGAUCAGCACCGACCCAGGCACACCGAGCUGGACUGACCCAAUCCUUUCCUUCUUACGAGAUGGGACAGUACCUGAGGACAGGCAGGAGGCAAUGAAGUUGAGGAGGAAAGCAUCUCGGUAUACACUUGUUGAUGGGAUCCUCUAUAAGCGAUCUUUCUCUCUACCUCUUCUACGGUGCUUGAAUCCUUAUGAAGCAGAAUAUGCACUUAGGGAGGUGCAUGAAGGUGUCUGCGGAAGUCACGUGGGUACUCGAACUUUGGCUCAUAAAGUCCUUAGACAGGGUUAUUAUUGGCCUAACAUGUACAAGGAUGCCACUCACUUUGUUCAGAGAUGUUCGAAAUGCCAGUUCUUUGCACACCUGACUCACCAGCCUGCAGAAGAGCUCACUACUCUGGUAGCACCAUGGCCAUUUGCUCAGUGGGGAUUGGAUCUGUUGGGCCCAUUCGUGAAGGGGGUUGGUGGUGUAACCCACCUGAUUGUUGGUGUAGAUUAUUUCACAAAGUGGGUUGAAGCUCGGCCGUUAUCCAAUCUUACUUCCAAGAAGGUUGAAGACAUUGUUUUCAACUCAAUAAUCUGCAGAUAUGGGAUCCCGAAUCAGAUUGUGGCUGAUAAUGGACCUCAAUUUAACUGCACCUCUUUUCGAGAUUUCUGUUCCAGCUACGGGAUUAAACUGCAGUUCACCUCGAUUUACCAUCCGGAGUCAAACGGCAUGGUCGAAUCUGUUAACAAGUGCAUCCUAGAAGUCAAUUACUAUACUGUUUAUCCGAGGUCAGAACCUUGUGUUAAUUCCAGUUAACUUAUUUUACCAUAAAAAGUUCCUCAAAGG